AUGUGUUUUGUGUGCUACGUUGUUUGUAUGGUUUGUUGGGUUUGCAUGUCUUUGCAUGUUCAUUUUGUGCUUGUGCAGAUGUGCUUGGAUUGUGCAUGACAUCGAGCACAUUCCAACGAGCCAAGAAUUGUUGGAAUCGGAGCACAUAUGAAGAAGUUACGAAGAAAUGUUUGAUGGAUUUGUUACAAAUCAUUGGAAUCUAUGGGGGUGUGUGGGGAAAAAAUAUGCGACGAAAAAGAAGGAGAAGAAUGUGAAGGAGAGGAAGGAGGGAGAGGAGGAGGAGAAGGAGGAGAAGAAGGAGGUGUAGAAGGAAAAGAAGGAGAAGAAGGAGGAGAAUCUGAAGGAGGGGAAGAAGCAAGAGGAGGAGGAGCAGAAGGAGGAGGAGGAGGAGGAGGAGGAGGAGCAGGAGGAGCACAAAGAGCAGGAGGAGGAGCAAGAGGAGGAGGAGGAGGAGGAGGAGGAGGAGGAGGGAGGAGGAGGAGGAGGAGGAGGAGGAGGAGGAGGAGGAGGAGGAGGAGGAGGAGGAGGAGGAGGAGGAGGAGGAGGAGGAGGAGGAGGAGGAGGAGGAGGAGGAGGAGGAGGAGGAGGAGGAGGAGGAGGAGGAGGAGGAGGAGGAGGAGGAGGAGGAGGAGGAGGAGGAGAGGAGGAGGAGGAGGAGGAGGAGGAGGGAGGAGGAGGAGGAGGAGGAGGAGGAGGAGGAGGAGGAGGAGGAGGAGGAGGAGGAGGAGGAGGAGGAGGAGGAGGAGGAGGAGAAGAAGAAGAAGAAGAAGAAGAAGAAGAAGAAGAAGAAGAAGAAGAAGAAGAAGAAGAAGAAGAAGAAGAAGAAGAAGAAGAAGAAGAAGCAAAAGCAUCGAGACAAGGUUCGUUCGGAAGAGGGUCGUUUGGAAGCGAGUCGUUCGGAAGAGGGUCGUUCGGAAGUGGAUUGUUUGGAAGAGGCAUCUCCAGAGCGUUCCUGGCGCACCAUUUUCUCCUCUGUGUCCCCCGCUGAUUCCUCCUCCAAAACCUCACUCGGCCUGCUUACCGACCCUGACCCCGUCCCUAACCAAGGGCUGACGUUUCAAAAAAAGGCACUCUGAGCCAACCCCCCCAAAAAAAAAAAUAGUCUGAAGGGCCUUCAGCCGAAAUUUUUGUAGUCUGAAAUGUCAGGGUCCAAAACUCAGCGAGUCUGAUUUUUUCAGGGUCCAGGACGUACAACCAGAGUCACACACGGGAAACACCCCCACAGCGAGAAACAUCCCUCCCUCCUACACCUCCCAAAAAAUCGGCUAAAUCCCUUGCAGCAUUAAAAAUCCUCCUACAGCCCGCGCCCCCCCCAACCAGCGACCUUGUCAUACCCUUGUUUUGCAUAGUUGUUUAA